UUCUAUCUAUCAACACAGAGGAAAACACAGAGGAAGAAAUGUCAAGACUUAGCGUAUGUGUGUUUGUGUUGCUAUGUGCGUUUGCGGCCAAAGCAGCCGCUCAAUCCGCACCUAACGUAAGAGCAACUUACCAUAUCUACAAUCCUGCACAAAACAACUGGGAUCUUUACCGAGUAAGUGCGUAUUGCUCGACGUGGGAUGGGAACCAACCGCUUGAGUGGCGUCAGAGGUACGGCUGGACAGCUUUUUGUGGUCCAGUUGGACCGCGCGGUCGUGAUUCUUGCGGUAGAUGUUUAAGGGUGACGAAUACUGCGACCGGAACUCAAGCCACAGUGAGAAUCGUGGAUCAGUGUAGUAACGGGGGUUUGGAUUUAGACGAGGGUGUUUUCAGACAGCUUGAUACUAACGGUCAGGCAGCGGCUCAAACCGCUUCUAACGUAAGAGCAACUUACCAUUACUAUUAUCCCGAGCAAAACGGUUGGGACCUUUACAAAGUAAGUGCGUAUUGCUCAACAUGGAAAGGAAACCAACCUAUCGAAUGGCGUAGGAAGUACGGUUGGACAGCUUUCUGCGGUCCAGUUGGACCGCGGGGCCGUGAUUCUUGCGGAAGAUGCUUAAGGGUAACGAACACUGCGACGGGAACACAAGCGACGGUGAGAAUCAUUGAUCAGUGUAGUAACGGCGGUUUGGACUUAGACGACGGCGUUUUCAGGCAACUUGAUACUAACGGUCAGGGAUACGCACGUGGGCACUUAAUUGUCAACUACGAAUUUGUCAAUUGCUGAAGAUCUUCAAGUUCAUCCAAAUCUCCAAUCACCGCCUUACAUCUUAUUAUUAUCACAUUCCAUAAAAAUUUAAGAUAAAAUAAACAUCACGAGUAAUU